AUGGCCACGACUGACGAGCCGAAUCAGAGCUCCUCAGGCCGUCUUCAUGCCCGGACCGGCCCAACCGCAGUCACGUCUGACUUGCAGGAUGGCCGACAUGUGGAAGACUCUGAAUCAACCUCUUCUCUCCCCACAUCCCAUAAGCCAAAGCCUCCCAUCCACCGAAUCAAUGCCCCGGGAAGCGUACAAGCUCUCGCAGUGGACGACGAUGUUCUCUUUACAGGUGUCCAGGGAGGCAGCAUUGUUGUAUGGUCCCUGCAGACGUACGAAUUGCUGGCUACGGUACCCGCCCACAAGGAGAGUGUCUUAAGCCUUUCUCUAUCGGAAGACAAAUCUCUUCUCUUUUCCACCGGAGCCGACUCAAUUGUCAAUGUCUGGUCAACUCAGACGUUACAGAGACUGUACUCUUUGCAUUCUUACUUUGAAAUUGGCGAUGUCUUCUGUGUCAACCAUUCCACCAAAGAGCAGACCUUGUUUUGGGGCGCUCAGAACUCCAGCAUUCAAUGGUUCAAGCUCAGCACUGAUGGCGCCGCCGGCGUCUCAUCUCCCACUCAUUCAGCUGCUCCUGGUUCUCGAAAGCAUCGUUUCUUUGACUCUUUGGGACCCGGCGGGAUUGCAAAUGUCAUCUCGGAUGAAGAUGGCACCUCAACCACGCUGGACAGCUUGGGCGGUCGAGUGCUGACAAUACCCACUCGCAACUACCUUCAAUACGCCCACAAGAGCUACAUCUACAGCAUGAUCUUGGUGAAAGGGCUCUUCAACCAUAACAAGGACGAAGAGGUUCUCGUCACUGGCGCCGGUGAUGGCACGAUCAAGAUGUGGUCACUUGACGCACUCUACUUGACCGGCAUCUUGCAGAUAACUAAGUUCAAGAACCCAGAUAAAUCAGUGCUAAGUCUCUCAUACAAAGCAUCGUUCCUCUAUGCCGGCCUGUCGGACGGCACAGCCAACGUCUACAACCUCGCAUCAGGACAACUCGUUCAGAGAUUAAAUGUUGGUCAUGGGGAUGUCAGCCAGAUUGUUGUCAGCGCAGACAGCAUUCUGUGUGGGACCACGGAAGGAUGGGUCAAGCGCUUCAACGACCAUUUCACAGAGACCGAAAGCUGGCAAGCAACGAAUGGGAAGAUUCUGGCAAUGAGUCUGACCACCACUCCUGACCACGACUUGCUUGUUGUAGGAGGUAACGACAGGGUUGUGUCAUUGUGGGAUGCAGAAGCCGCCCCCCAUACAUCUAUGGCAUCUUCUGCUCGCAGCAAUGAUGAAUUACUGAACGCCCUCAGAGAGUUCGUCUCUUACCGUACCGUCGCUUUGAAUCUAACCUGUGUGCGCGAUUGCCACGACGCGGUGACAUUCCUCCGUAAACUCUGCAACGCCUUUGGUGCCACCACCAACCUCUUCUCGCCACAGGAAGGUGUCAAUCCAAUUCUACUAGCCAAAUUCUCUGCUUCCAAUGUCUCCGAACCCACCAGAUCUGUCCUGUUCUAUGGCCACUACGACGUAGUAGACGCUGAAUACGACUCUUCGAACCCCAACCACGCCUGGUACGGCGAUCCAUUCAGUCUGCAGCCUUUGAAUGGCUUUCUCUACGGGCGCGGCGUGACAGAUGAUAAGGGUCCCAUCCUCGCUGCGAUCUAUGCCGUGGCAGAUUUGAUGCAACAUGGCUCCUUGUCCUGCAACGUGACCUUUCUUCUUGAAGGGGACGAGGAAGCCGGUUCGCGCGGGUUCCGCAAUACCGUGCAGUCAAUGCACCACGCCAUCGGACCUGUCGACUACAUUCUACUUUCCAACAGUUACUGGCUGGACGACCACAUCCCGUGCCUGACAUUCGGUAUGCGCGGUGUUGUACAUGCCAGCGUGACCAUCUCCUCCAACAAGCCAGACCUACAUUCAGGUAUGGAUGGGAAGUCGAUCCAGCAUGAACCACUGAAGGAUCUGACGGUGUUGCUUGCCUCGCUUAUCGGACCAUCCGGCACCAAGGUCAUGAUUCCUGGCUUUUACGACACCGUUGACGAGCUGUCGGAAGCGGAGAUGAAGGCCUACUCAUCCAUCACUUCCGCCCUGCUACCGGGCCACCCCGAGAUCAAGGACGAAAAGAACUUUUCUCUAUCGCUCAUGCAGCGCUGGCGGUACCCGAACCUGACGGUCCACCGGAUUGAAGUGCCUGAGGCAAAGACAGCGGUGACAAUCAGCGGCUCGGCCAAAGCCACGCUGUCGAUCCGCAUCGUGCCAUCACAGACGGCGGAGCAAAUCGCCAACAGUCUAUCGUCUUUCCUGCACGAGCAGUUCGCCAGACUGCAAAGCUCCAAUAGCCUCAACGUGAACAUCACGUCCAAGGCGGACCCAUGGCUCGGCAACGUGCGCAGCGAAAUCUACACGACGCUCAAGGCGGCCAUUGUCGACGUCUGGAACCCAGAGGCGGCCAGUUCGUCGCAGCGCUCGUUCCAGACUUCGACGACCAGCUCUACGCCCACAUCUACACCUACCCCUACUCCGGGGACGAUGUCAUGGGUUCCGGUCGAGGCAUCAGCAUCGUCCGACACGACCAAACGCGCGUCACACCGUCGAGCCUCCUCCCUCGCCACCACCGGCACUUUCACCGUGUCGACUUUACCACGUGAACCACUCUUCAUUCGUGAAGGUGGAUCCAUCCCCGCGCUCAGCUUCCUGGAGCACGAGUUCGAUGCUCCCGCCGCCAUGUUCCCCAUGGGCCAGGCGAGUGAUAAUGCACAUCUGGAUAACGAGCGGAUGAGGGUGGAGAAUCUCUGGAAGGGUCGAGAGGUGUUGAAGCGCGUUUUUGCGAGCUUGUGA